CACUUUUCGUAAGCUGAGUCUAUUAAUAUUCACGCCUCUCUUCACACACUCCACACCGCUCUUUAUUCGUUGCUUUCCUCCUGACCUGACUUCUCCGCUUCCCCUCAAUUCAAGCCUUUUACAUUAAUCAGGAUUUCAGGCCAUUUUCCUUAUUCUUCGUCUUCCUAAUUGAUUUUGGGCAUAUCAGAAAAUCAAAUCAUAGGGAAAAGAAGGGAUUAUUAUUAUUGUGGGCGAAGAAUGAAAGGUUGCGCAGUGGUGGAAGAAGGGUUCUUAUGCGAGCAAGAGACCCAUCUCACCGUUCUGAAAACGUCUCUGUUCUACGCCGGAGAUGGGUUCACGGUUUAUGACUGCAAAGGCCAGCUGGUCUUCCGGGUCGACUCGUACGGACCGGAUUCCGAUAAGGGUGAACUCGUUCUCAUGGAUCCAUGUGGGAAGUGCCUCCUCACUGUCCGCCGCAAGAGGCCGAGUUUGCAUCAGAGGUGGGAAGGUUUCUUAGGAGAAAGAGUGGAAGGCCAGAAGCCAAUCUUCAGCGUGCGUAGAUCAUCAAUCAUCGGACGGUCAGGAUUGACGGUGGACAUGUACAACAAUCCAGGCGAAGAGUACCACAUCGAAGGAUCCUACUCACAGAAAUGUUGUACCAUAUUUGAUGCGCACAAAACAUCAGUGGCGGAGAUUCGUCGGAAAGUGGACGCAUCCACUAACGUCGUACUCGGGAAGGAUGUGUUCUCGCUGUGUCUUAAGCCCGGGUGUGACGGAGCAUUUGCCAUGGGAUUAGUCCUUGUGCUAGAUCAAAUCUACGGGGACGACGAUGAUCGUAAUUCCCCCGCGGAGGAGAACCCCAAAGUCGCCGCGGAGCCUUUGCCCGGCAGUCCCCCGGCACUAACUGCUUAACUGUCGACUAACCAAAAUUUCACUUGUUCAUUUCCGCUUCGUUUGUUUUAUUUUUCUUUUCUUAAUUACUAGUACUCCACUAGCUAGUACUAUGUUUGAAAAACUCUUGGAGUAAAACAAGUUUCAUGUAUAUUCUGGCUUUAAGGGUUUUAUUUUCUCGGGCCAAUCGCGGUUUUAAGUUUUUUACUAGAAGAUAUAUAGUGAUAGAUUAAAAACUGGAACGACAUUAUUAUUGCUACUUGUCAUUUUACUACGGUUUGUUUUAUACAGGGAAUGAUUGAAGUUCCUUCUUUCUCUUUUUUUUUUUUUUUUUAAUGGUUUGGUUGAUAUAUGGAAUAUAACUGAAUGAGAGAAU